UGUGGCAACAUGGCAGCCGUCGCGAGUGUAAAUACGAAGGAAAUGAAGGAUAAUAUAGACAACUGGGAGGAUCCACACAGUCCUUUAGCUCCAUUAACUGACAAACAAAGAGAAGGGAUCGCUGAACUCAUGGCCUAUGCUUCGAAUAGGCCCCUACCAAGUGGGAUGGUUUUAAAGGAACCUCCUAUCACGCCGGAGCCUGAUGGUGACACCGCAAGUGCGCCUACUGGAAGGACAGACAUGCCUCAGUGUCUUAAGAAGGUUCUUGACGGAGAAGUUCACAUUACAAACUCCCAACAAUUUCUUAGCUGGUUUUCUCAAGUUGAAGAACAAAUGUCGUCAGAAAAUGACAAGCAUUACACCAACUACGUGUGCGAAGCGACAGCCUAUCACAAUCAGUGCUGCGACCUAUUGAGAGAAAUCAACACGUCAAUGGAACAGCUGGAAAUGCUUCAAAAAGAGUACUUGUUUGUAGCCAACAAAACAAAUGCUCUGCAUGAAGCCUGCGAGCAGCUGCUCGCCGAUCAGUCGAAGCUCAUGAACGCUGCCGAGAGCAUAGCAGAGAAGCUGAGGUACUUUUCCGAGUUUGAUGAACUUUCACAGAAAAUCGGGUCAUUAGAUAUUAACGUCCUAAGCGAAGGAUUUGUCCCCAUCCUGACGAGGCUCGAUGAAUGCAUCGGAUACCUGGAAGCAAAUCCUCAGUACAAAGAAGCAGCGGUGUACCUGGCAAGGUUUUGCCACCUGCAGUGGCAGGCAUUAGGAAUGAUCCGCUCUUACGUUACCAGCACGCUACAACACACCACGCAACAAGUGCUGUCGAGGUGUGACGCCCUGUCUUCCAGCGAGAACGCGUUUGCGCUCCUGUACGGAAAGUUUCGGACGCACGCACCAAGGAUACAUUCCCUGAUGGCUCAAAUCGAAGACAGGGUCGAGAAGAGGUCACAAUACCAGGAACUGCUGGACAGUUGCCACCAGUGUUACUUCAGCCAGCGGGAGACACUUCUGGGUCCCAGCGUUUCCACGGCGAUAGACGACCUGGCCAAGACGCACCAGCGCGACCACUGCGCCCUCGUGCGGAGCGGUUGCGCAUUCCUCAUCCACCUCUGCGAGGACGAGCACCAACUGUACAUGCAGUUCUUCGCAAAGGUUACGGCACAGCUGGACGAUUUUCUGGGACGGCUCUGCGGUCGACUCUACGAUGUCUUUAGGCCAAUCAUCAUCCACAUCAACCACUUGGAGACACUGGCAGAAUUGUGCAGCAUACUGAAGGUGGAGAUGAUGGAGCAGCACAUUGUUGCCAGUCCCGCUCAGUUGAAAGCAUUCGGAAAAGUUGCUCAGCAGAUGUUGGAAGAUGUACAAGAAAGGCUCGUGUACAGGACGUUGGUGUACAUCCGAACCGAUAUCUUGGGUUACAAUCCCGCUCCUGGAGACUUAGCCUAUCCAGAGAAGCUAGAGAUGAUGGAAAGUAUUGCAGAGAGCCUUGCGGCUCAAAACAGCCUCAGCCGUUCCAGUUCCAGGGCAUCUCUCGUCUCCAUUGGGUCCUCAGGCUCCAUUCCAAUUAACAGCGCUCUGACCACAACCGACACCCACACGGAGCCGGCCGUCCUACAAGUAUCAUCUUCGCAGAACGUUGCCGAAGCCGGAGGUCCUGUCCAGACAACGGUGCAUCAGUAUGAAACUAAAAGCAAAGGAUAUUCUCCAGCCGAUCUGCAUGGGAUGUGGUACCCGACGGUGCGCAGGACGUUGGUGUGCCUAUCCAAAUUGUAUCGCUGUCUGGAUACCCCUUGUGGUGGUACAGGUUUUGGUGCAAAGAAAACAAUCUUCCAAGGUCUUAGUCAAGAAGUGUUAGCAAUGUGUAUCGAAUCUCUCGAUGUGGCAGGAAAGGCAAUUGAGAAAAAGAAGACAUCCCUGGAUGGAGAACUGUUCCAAAUCAAGCACCUCCUGAUUCUACGUGAACAAAUUGCGCCCUUCCAAAUCGACUUUGCAAUCAAGGAGACCUCCCUAGACUUUACAAGGAUAAGAGAGGCCGCUCUCAGUUUGUACCACAAGAAGUCCAAACUAUUUUCUAUAGGAACAAACAACGCAUUAUGGGAAUUUGUUUUUGAGGGGACGUUACAAAUUAAGGAAAACCUCAUCGACUCCAAGAAAGCUGUGGACAAUCAGCUGAAAACCCUGUGUGAAGAAUUCAUUGCAAACACAGCACAGAUGCUUAUUGGGCCUUUACAGCCAUUCCUAGACAAGGCAAACGUGAUCCUUCAAGUUCAACACGACGAGCCUACACGUGGGGUCAUUUUGCGCAACCAGCCCUUUGCUUCAGUGGACGCCGUGGCAACCGUUGUUAGCAGCAGCAAUCGCCACCUCAAAGCAAGUCUGUGCACACUUCAGAGGAGCAUGUCCUUGUAUCUCGCAAACAGGGACACGGAACAGAUACUUUUCAAGCCGGUCAAGACCAAGGUCCUUGCAGCGUAUGAGAGUCUAAACCAAAUAGUCAAGUCCACCUUUCUGGAAGAAGAUCAGCUCAUCAUUGCUUGCCCGUCCGUGGAACAAGUUAAUGUCAUGCUGACGUCCUUCCAGACCAAGUGACCAACUCCCAACACUUCCACGUGGGCAUUUUCUAAAAAGGCCGCGAGACGGACAGAGUUGAAAAGUAUAUUUAUAGUCGGGUGUAAAUAUGUAAAUAGCAGUGCUCUACGGUUGGCUGGUCUAAUUUAUUUCUACGCAGAGCUCUUGGUCCUAUAUUUUCUGGGCAUAAUAAUAAAAGUUAUGGAUGCUGUAAUUU